UAAGGACGUCACCGUACAGAAUACGAUCUUAAAAGAGAAAUUAUAUGAAAUAUAAUUUAAGUAAUCCAAAAAAGUAUGAUAUUGACAAAGUUGUUUGAAUUACUGCAAGUUUUGUCUCACUCAUGAAAGAAAAACGCUUUCACAAUACAUAGAAUUACAUUACAUAGAAAACAAGCCGAGGUUAGCGUUGAGUUAGAUCUGCGGUUUAUUGCCAAACAGGGUAGAAUGAUAAAAUCAUGGAGCGUGGGUGUGAACGAGGAUAUGUAUGGUGAUUGUUGAUAUUCACAAUGAAAAACUGACUUCAACUCGACAGUGGAACACCGAAUUAUUUCUUCCUGCGACGUACUACGAAAAUACUCUGCGAAAAUGUAUAAAAUUAUCAUUACUUUUCUUGUUAUUAUCUCUUUAAUACGAGGAGAAGAUUACUAUGAGAUUCUUGGUAUAAGCAGAUCAGCUGGACAGGAUGAAAUUCGAAAAGCUUUCAAGAAGCUGGCUAUUAUCUACCAUCCCGACAAAAAUACUGAUGAUCCAGAUGCACACGAUAAGUUCGUUCGAUUAACAAAAGCUUAUGAGACGUUAAAGGAUAAUGAUUUAAGAAAAACAUAUGAUCUUUUUGGAGAAGAUAGCUUUAAAAAAUCUAAUAAACAAACCUAUUAUUCUUCGAGUUAUUAUCAACACAGUUUUAUAUAUCAAUAUGAUGAAAAUGUUGUUUAUUUGACAAAAAAUGAUUAUUUUGAGAGCAUUAUUAAUUCUGACUCAAGUUGGUUUGUAAACUUCUAUUCUCCAAUGUGCAGCCAUUGUCAUCACUUAGCACCAGUUUGGAGAAAGGUUGCUAAAUUACUUAAUAGUGUCAUGAAAAUUGCAGCAGUUAACUGCGAAUAUGAUAGGAUGUUAUGUCAUCAAGUGGGAAUCCAUGUCUAUCCUACAUUGCUUUAUUUUAAUAAGCAUUCACAAAAUGGAGUACAUUACAAUCAGGAAAGAACACAACAGGCUAUUAUACAUUUUGCAUUGAAUAAAUUAAAUAUUCAAAUACCUGAAAUAAACGAAUCUCAGUGGGAGUUGUUUUUACGUGGCAAGAAUAUUGUCCAAAGACCCAUGUUAAUUUUUAUUUGUGGUGUCCAAGGGAAUUGUUUCACUUCUAAUGAAAGACUUAUAGUAGGAGCUACAUUUGAUAAACUUAUUGAUGUAAGAAUGUUUACAUGUGAGAGUGACAGUUGUCAUGAUAAAAUAUCUCAUAAUAUAUAUGCUGUUUAUCUACCAACAUAUAAUAUAUCUUUUUGGGAGCCUAUAUUCUUUAAUAGCAUAUCUGACAUAAAAACAUUAAUAGAAGAACUCUCAAGCCAAUUGCCUAAUCCACAGGAGUUAUCUAAUAAUGACUUUGAGCAUAUUAGGAAAGCAAAGUCCAAUGUUAUUUGGCUCGUAUGCUUUUACUUCGACGAUGUAAGCUUACUAGAUUUGAAUUUGCAAAUAAAGAAGCUUUCAGCCAGUAUUAAUAUAGGUAAAAUAAAUUGUGACAGAUAUAGAGAUCUUUGUUCUAAAUUGAGUUCUAAAGUCAAUGUAUUGAAUUAUCCAAUGUGGGGUGUGAUUAAACCAGGUGGAACAUUUGAACUGAACCACGGAAAGAAUAUGAAAAAUGAUAUUCUUAAGUUUACGCAAUUUAGUAUGAAAGCUACAAACUUUAGAACUCUGUUUGUAGAGGAGGCGUUAUCGAUAUUACAAAAGAGAGAUGAAGCAUGGUUUCUAAAUUGGUUUACACCGCAGUAUCCACUUUGUAUAGAGUUUUUGUUGGAACUUCGAAAGGCAUCGUUAGAAUUUGACCCGUCGAAAAUCCGUUUUGGUACUAUUGAUUGUACCGUUCAUACUACGUUAUGCCGUCAAUACAAUAUCCAACAUUAUCCUACGUCAAUGCUUAUAAAUGGUAGCGAUAUACAUCAGUUCACGUCGAAAAUGACAGCUACGUAUGUUAUUCAAUUGAUUCGCGAAAAAAUAAAUCCAUCAGUUAUAGAACUAACAUCGAAAAAUUUUAAUCAUAAAUUGGCGAUGAAGACAAGUAAAGUUAUGUGGAUCGUUGAUUAUUUUGUAUCAUGGUGUGGACCGUGUCAAAAAUUAGCACCUGAAUGGAUAACUGUUGCAAAAUCGCUGAAUAAUUUAUCGUUUGUGAAAGUGGCUAGCGUAAAUUGUGAGACUGAGGCUUCCUUAUGCCAGUCUCAAGGUGUACGUUCUUAUCCCAACAUUAGAUUGUAUCCGUUAGGAAGCGAGGGACUGAGUACAGUCGCGUUGUACAAUGGACAACGAGAUUCAUUAUCUAUAUUAACAUGGAUAACAAUGUUCUUCCCGAAGAAAGUUUAUGAUUUGCAGUCCUCUAACUACCGGAAGUCAUUGGAUAGCAAGCACAUAUGGAUCAUCAAUUUUUAUUUACCGCGUUGUUGGUAUUGUCAAAAAAUGGAACCCGAGUUUGCAAUUGCUGCUCAGUUGCUGGACAAAGUAAAAUUUGGAAAAGUUAAUUGUAUGUAUGGAUGUGCACAGAUACACUCUUUUCCGACCUUAAUGUUAUAUAAUUCUAAGCAUACAAAAGAAAGUAGGCAUGGCGGUAUUAAACUUGAUGCGACGACGGCUGAGGAGAUCAGGGAUAAAAUUUUAGGAAUUAUUAAUUCUCGCGCAAAACAUGAUGAACUGUAAUAGACAAAGUGCCUAAAUUGAAUUUAGAACUUUUAUUUUAUCGUUACAAUCAUACAUAAAUUCUUUCUUUAAAAUAAAUACAAAUAAA